AUUUAUUUUUUUUAUAUGCCCAGAUUAAGGUUUUACAGGUAAAGCCCAGCUCAUAUUCCCACAAUCAUGGCAAUUAUUUGAUUAAUAGAACAAAACAGAGCCAUUUCCUUGAAGAAAGUGGCUGAGCACAUGCUAAGGGAGCCUCCUGUUGUCUUUCUUUCUUUCUUUCUUUCUAUUGGACUAGUUGAUUAAGGAAAAGAGAGUGGAGAUGUGGAACCUGUGGUUGCCGUGGCUGCUGCUGUCGGCGGUGUGGAUGGCGGCCGCGAGCGGGGAGGAUGGCCUCAGGCCCGACUUCUACGGCUCCGCCUGCCCCAAUGUGGAGGCCAUCGUCAGAGACGCUGUGCGGCGGAAGUUGAACCAGACGGUGGUGACGGUGCCGGCGACUCUGCGCCUCUUCUUCCAUGACUGCUUCGUGCAGGGAUGCGACGCGUCGGUGAUGAUCGCGUCGGCGCGAGACGACGCGGAGAAGGAUGCGCCCGACAACCUGUCGCUCGCCGGCGACGGCUUCGACACCGUAAUCAAGGCCAAGCAGGCGGUGGAGGCGCAGUGCCCCGGCGUGGUUUCCUGCGCCGAUAUCCUCGCCAUCGCCGCAAGAGACGUCGUCGUCCUGUCCGGCGGCCCAAAGUUCACGGUGGAGCUCGGCCGGCGCGACGGCCUCGUCUCACAAGCCGCGCUGGUCGCCGACCACCUCCCCGGCUCCGACUUCAACCUCGACCGCCUCGUCUCCCUCUUCCGUCUGAACAACCUCACCGCCAGCGACAUGAUCGCGCUCUCCGGCGCCCACACCGUGGGUUUCUCCCACUGCGACCGCUUCUCCAGCCGCCUCUACGCCUUCAACUCGACCACCGCCGUCGACCCCUCGCUCAACGCCACCUACGCGAAGGCCCUCAUGCGCGCCUGCCCCCGCAACGUCGACCCCACGAUCGCCGUCAACAUGGACCUCUACACCCCCGUCACCUUCGACAACGUCUACUACCGGAACCUGCUCAACGGCGAGGGCCUCUUCACCUCCGACGAGGUGCUGUUCACGGACAUCCGGUCCAGGCCGACGGUGGAGCAGUUCGCCGCGGACCAGGCCGCCUUCUUCGGCGCCUUCUCCUCGGCCAUGCUCAGGUUGGGGAGGCUGGGGGUCAAAACAGGGUCGCAGGGGGAGAUCAGAAGAGACUGCACGGCCUUCAACAAUUGAUUUUCUCAUAAGCUUUUCCUUCUCAAUACAAUUUUUGAGCUACCCACAUAGCAUAAGAUAUGAUUGUAUUGCCGGUUAUUAUACAAAAGUUGUGAAUUUUUUGACAUUA